CCCUCAAACAUAACAGGAAGAGGAGAUGCUGCCGCUGACAACUGCUGCUGGAGUUAAAGGAGGUUGUCCGUCGAAAGGAGCUGACUGUCCUUGUCUGCUGGUUUAUUUUCAGAUGCCUGCAGGUGUCACCCUGGCUGUGGCCCUCAGUCUCCUGGCUCGGUGCUUAUCCUCUGUAGAUGAAGAUGUCCCUGGCCCAGCGAGUGCUCCUUUCCUGGAUCUUCGCCCUCAUCUUCCUCAUCAUGCUUGUCCUCAAGCUGGACUCUAAGAUUCACUGGAACUGGUUUCUUAUCUUCCUUCCUGUGUGGACCUUUGACACCAUCCUCAUCCUCAUGCUGAUAGUUAAGAUGGCGGGACGCUGCAAGCCGGCCUUUGAUGCCCGGGAUGGAGAGCAGGGUUUGAAGAGGAAGCUCUGGUACCUGACGGCCUUACUGCUGAAACUGGCCUUCUGUCUGAUUCUGUGCUCACACCUGGAGAGGCUCUUUGAGAUGUGGGUCAGUGUGGUGUGUGUGCCUCUGUGGGUGCUGUUGGGUGGAGCACUUGUGGAACUAGGACACAGUGUUUUUCACUACAGCAGAAACUGAAACAGACAGCUCUUGGUUUUUUAAGAAAGAGACGUCCAUAAAUUUAAAAGGAUGCUCUGACUAAUCCAGUGGAUUUGUAUCAGGACUGAUAAUGUGUAUUUUAAGAGUGAGUUGAUUAUAUGUCAGACUGGAUUGAUUCCAUGAAAAAAUGUUGUUUUUAAAAAGCCACGUUUUCAGUACGUACACGGGUUGUAGUGUUCCUAAAGUUCAGAUUGUGGCUUUCUAGUUUGAAAUAAGGGAGAUAAACAGCACCAUCUCACAAUACCAAGAAGUGAUGUGUCAGCUGCAAUUUUGUUUCAAAAUGCCUUACUACUGCAGAAAAAAAGAAACCAAUCCAUCAAGUAAUACUUUUAUAAAGAACUAGUAAUCCUGCCUCUUCAUUUUUGAUUACACUGAGUUGUUUUUACUUUUACUUUUUCCCUAUAAAGUAAGUUUUGCCUUAGGGUGACCACAAACAUUUGUACAUACAGUACAUGAAUGUCUGCUCAAAGACAUCCAAUCUGCACUAGUUUUGCCCCUUCCACUGAGCCAUACUGUACUGAUUUAUGUAAUCACUAUUAUAGUAAAAUAUAGCUUUAAUGCAGUUAGAGACAUAACAACCCUCAGUGAAAACAUAAUGUAUUAGAUUUCUUUGUCAUUACUCAGGUUUGGUGUACCAAACUGGCAUAUGAUGAUGUCAAGACUGUGUAGCUCUUUAUAUAUUUAUAUUUUUUCAACACUGAUGCAAAAGCAUUACACUAAAGUCAAAUGUAAAACUUAGAUUUAUUUAAGUAAGCAAGUAGAUCAGGGAGUGUAAAUGUGGCCCUGAUAGAAAUAUGGACAGAACAUGCCAGGCUGAUGCUUUAUAUCAUGGUGUGUUGAUGAUAGAUGGGUCUAAAUGGAUUGUCAAACAGCCAUACACUAACCAGCUCUCUCUAUCCUUUUUCUGAGUGUACAGUUGUUGUUUUUUUUUGUUUGACCAUUUUUUUGGAGGGGACAGUUGGAAAUGGAGAUGAAAGUAGAAAAUGUCGAGCAGUAAAGUGCAGCAGGUAGGAGUUGAAUCCUGGCCAUCUACCCUCUGUACAUAAUGUGUGCAGAGAUGCAUUUCCGAUGAAAUUUGCAUUUUACUUCUUAUUUUCCCUGGGAUGAUACAAACAUGUUUAAAUGUAAACAAAAAUCGAUCCAUAUGUCAUUACAAAUCUAGUCCCUACAGUCAUGUGCAUACGCUUUAGGCAUGUAGGGCAUUAAGGAUUCAUCACGGGGCUCUAUGUUCCACAACCCGGGCUGGAGGCUGCCGAGGUGCCACAUUUGGACACAUGCAUGUGUACCUCAGCAGGCAAGGUUAAGCUUAACUGCAUUAUUUUGUCCAGUCCUUUUCACCCCUGAGACCACCAUCCCCUUGUAAUGUCCAUGGCACGUGGUGCUUACUCCUGGCAUCCACCCCUCACUGUGCCCUAUGCCCCUGGUAAUAAGCAAGGGCAUCCAGAGCACAGCCCAGGCUGUGUCAGUCCUCCUUUCCACUUGAUGGUGCCCACAACUGACUAUUUUCAUCGGGGGGGCCUACUUAUUUCAGCCUCAAUUUUUGGCCCAAACAUGCCGGAAAGUUGUGCACAGUACUGUAUGCAUACUGCAUGUUGGCAUCCCAGGGCUUCAAACCGUGCAUAGAGCUUAUGGCUGUUUUAGAGUGGGUGUGCGACAGCUGCGUCUUAGCUGCUUCACAGCUUGAUCUUUAUUUUGGCAUGCACCUUAACAAAUCAGGACUUUAAGAUUGCCUGUGUGAGCACUGAGGCUUACAGGCUGAAAAUCCAGGGAAUAGAAGGCUCUACUAUAUUUUCUGGAAGUGUCUUUCAGCCAAAAUAGGCGGGAAAAUGAUGGAGCAGUAGUUGCCUUAAAGUGUUUCCACACCUUUAAUGUGCUUGCAGUGUGUUUCUGGUUGACACUAAUGAAUGACACAAGCUGAAGCAUGUCAGUCUAAUAAAUUUGUUCUCUAAACUUC